CUCUUUUUAUACUUUUGGCUUAUCCCACUUUCAAGGGUUUAUACUUAAGUUGCACUAUAUUUAUGGAUUGGUGCGUUGUAUAAAAUUUGGCUUUACAAUGGAGAGCGCAUCAAGUCAAGCUUUUGACUUGGACGAGAGAAAAAUUUUCCUGCCCAUUGAGAGCAACAAUGAUAAUGGAUUUUUGGAUGACGAGCUCAUUUGUAGCAUGAAUUUAUGUAUGGAGGAAGAUGAUAAAUGCGCUGGAGAAACAAAUGUCGACUUGUCAUUGACUGAGAAAACUAUUGAGCCCUAUAUUGGGAUGGAUUUCAAUUCAAGAGAUGAGGCUCGAGAGUCUUAUAUUACGUAUGGCAGGUACACAGGGUUCACUGUUCGCAUCCAUCACAAUCGCAGAUCACGAAUUAAUAACAUGGUUAUUGGUCAAGAUUUUGUUUGUUCCAGAGAAGGCUACCGAGAAAAGAAAUAUGUGCACCGGAAAGAUAGAGUUCUCCCUAUACCGCCUACGACUCGAGAAGGUUGCCCUGCCAUGCUGAGGGUAGCUCUCAGGGAUGGAGUUAAGUGGGUGGUUACGAAAUUUGUAAAAGAUCACAAUCACACUCUAAUGUCACCAAAUAAAGUUCCACUGCGUGGUGGGAAAAAUCUGAUCAGUCAGGAUGACAAGGAUCAAAAAAUUCGAGAGCUGACUCUCGAACUUUACAACGAGAGACAACGCUGUAAACGCCGUUGUACAGCUUACCAGGAACAAAUUCAGACACUAUUGAAACAUAUUGAAGAACACACUGAUCAUUUAUCGAGAAGUGUUCAAGACAUAGUCCAACGAGUAAAGGAACUCGAAAAUGAAGAAUUAGAAAAUUGGUAUUAGGUUCAUCACCAUUUGUGCAAAUUUUAUACUACUUUCGUUGUUCCUUUGAGUUUGCCUGAAGUUGUAAUUAAUUUACAAUUAGAGAAUUGCUCCAUUGCAGUAUCGAGGUUAGUACAUCGUGUAUCUGUAUUACAGUAGGCAGGAAAAGAUUUGUGAAUAGUAAAUGACGAUGACUCUUAUUCCACUGUUUCAUCUAUCCUUUGGCUAGAUCGAUUGAUUUUGUGAGC